AUGGCAUUUUUGGAAUUAAAAGAUUUAUUGAAACAGUUUCUUUUAUGCACAUUGUUGGAGGCAGGAGGUUGUUCUAGGUCACAGAAGGGAAAUCCUGGACCACACCCAUUUAUUGUCAGUCAGGCUAAAGCUACAUUGUUACAGUUUGAAGCAGAUGAAGUUACAAUGACACAGAGUAUUGAACACAGAUUAUCGAAGAUCUCUAAAGGUCCAUGUUUGUCUUGUGCAGAUUCUGUCAUUACUGGUCAUAAACAAAAGAAAGAUGAAAAUAUUAUUAUAACACCACAGAAAUCAAGAUUGUCUUCCAAGAAUUCACACGAUGACCACGACAUCGUAGGUAAAGGUGGUGGCAGUGAACAUUCUACUCCAGUGAUGAAACGUCAAGGCAGCAAGCUGUCGUAUGGUUCUAAUGAUUCAGGGGAAAGUAGUGGCAGUGUUGGCAUUAGUAAUAAGGCAAAAAUGACAAAAGCUGGCUCUGUAUUUGAUAUCACCAGUAUUCCACAUGUUGUAUUAUCUCAGGGAGAUGAGAUCUCACAUAUCAGAUUAACACGAGGAGUAGAUAACUGUCUGUUUCACUUCAUCAGUAUAAAUGAGUUUGAAGGAACAUACAUAUCUCCUACACAACAGGAAAUGUCUGUAGUGAACGGGGCAUUACAGGAAGUUAUACUCAACCACUUCUAUACAGCUUGUCUACAUAUACGCAAUGUCUUUCAACAGGCUGGAAAAAACAAGACAAAACAAGUAGACCAACCAAAGAAAUAUGGAGAAGAUACAUCUUUUACUAAUGUAAAAGAACAAGGUGUUUUGUUUACCUGUGUGAUACCUCAGCAUUUAGAGAACAGUAAAAAACAACCUCCACCAUUGUCUCUGACAUAUUGGGUUGUAGGAAGAAAAUUUCCAGAUGAAAAAGAGAUGUAUGUUUGUUUCCAUGAAUCCAUACCUCAGACAGCAAUAGAGAUGGCAUUUAAACUUGACACAGGAUUAUCUUUAUCAUGAGAUUAACAGUGGAUUGAUAUAAUCUUACACAGAAAAAUGGAUAAACAGACACCAAUUAAUGAUAAUGUUAUUUGUUCGCUGAAAAGAAAAGAAAAUAGUCCAUAUCCAAACAUUUAAUAGGAUAUGGAUAAACCAUAGAAAUUAAUUUCCAUUCAAUUAUCGAUGUUUUCAGGGAAAGAUCAAGCCUCAUUGAACUCAUUCUGUGAUAUCUUAAACUAUGAUACAGAGACUGAAGCAGUUUCAUCCAGUAUAACAUUUCAUUAAUUGCAUCAACAUAUUGUUGGUAAUUGUCUGUUUACUAAGAUAAAGGGUUGUUGAGAUUAUUUUCAGGGUUGAACGUUAAGAAUUUCCAAAGGCCAUAUCACAUUUCAUUAGCAAUAGUUAAAUUAAUUUUCACAGCUUUUUUUACAUUCUAGUCAUGCAUCACAGAAUCAAAACGCAAAUCCAUUUGUCUUCAUUGUAUGUGAAUGUCUGUGUCCUGAACACAAUGAUUUGGCAGGGCUGGCAUAUAGAGCAGUUAAAAAAAUGUAUGAAAGACUAUCAUACAUUUAAAAAAUGUUAUCUGGUUAAUUAUGAUACAAGUCAAUUAUUGGGUUCCCUACUUGAUCACAUCACUGAAAAGACCUUGAUGUUAGUGGAUGAUAUCCUUGAAAUAGAAAAGGAAAUUAAAAAAUACACAUUUAGAAAACCUCCUAAUCUUCACUAUGAACCUAAGACUAAUACAAUAUACUGAAUUUGUUCUCUCUUGAAAAAUAUCAGUGAAGUUCCCCAUGAUAGUAGACAUAUUAUUAGAAUACCAAUUUGGUUCAGUUAUAUAACAUCUAAACUGCAAUAUGUGUGUGAAAGAUGAUUUAAUCAUUUUCAUUAAUCUUGCCAUCAGAAUUACAGUAUUAAUGUUAUCAUCGUACAAUUAGUCACAAAUCACUAUCAUAGCAAUUAUUCAUAUAAAUUAUAAAUUUAGUUUUAUUUCAUUAUCACAAAAUAUUCAUGGCAAUCUAUUAGUAAAAGACUGUAAAUACAAAGUAAACUUUUUUAUUGUUAAAAUGUUUGAAGUAAAAUCCAAAUAUCAUACUCAACAAACAAAACAAAGAAAACAAACCAAAAGUAUCGUUGAUCGAUAGAUAAUUUUGUCUUUUGCACUAAAGAUAGUUUAUGAACUUUGUAAGCAUUAUCAGAGGCAAAUAAAUCUGUUCUGUCCCUAUAGAAAAUAUACUUCCAACUUGACUUCACAUGAGAAUCUUGCAUGGUCAGAGUUUGAAAAUGUGUUUAUCUUUGAUACAAUACUCCCUUAUAUUAUAUCAAUAGUCCUUUGUACAUCUUGUAUAUGCCUGAUAAGCUAAAUAAGUACAAAAAUGUCUUUUCUCUUUUCUUUUACAUCUGUUGAUGGCACGAUUAUUAAACCAGUUGAUGUUAUUUAAUUCCUAUCUUUGACCAAAAAUUAUAUUUUUGAAAAAUAUUUACACAUUUUAAUGAGAUUAGUGUGUAUUACUUAGAUAUCAAGAACAGUAAUUGUAUUAUUGUGUUAACAUUCCAUUUGUUUUGAUAUUUUGUACAUAUUUAUUUAUUUAUUUCAUGCUUGUCUGUGAUAUUUUAUGUUGACAGUUUUAUACAUUAAUAUAUUCCAGGUUUUGUGUUUUUCAAAUGUACAUGAAAAAUAGAAACAUAUAUUGUUAAAUCCCAUCAAGUGAUUGUUAACGUUUUGUUGAUUAAUUUUCAAUUGGCACAUAAAUUUCUUACUUUUGAAAUUCCAAAGUAAUGUUUUGUUAACCCUGUUGAUGUUACAUGAGAGGGGGGUAGGACCUUUAUCUGGACUUCAGCAUUCAGUGUUUUUAAGCUCAGGAUUUUGGGAUCGACCCUUUCGGGAUCCGGGAAUUUUUUUUCUCCAAUUUCGGGAUGUCAGAAUUUAAAUAUGUUUAAAUUAAAGACCUCGGAAUUUCUUGUUUUAAAGCCCUGGAUUUUGGGAUCAGGACCCCUCCUAUAAUGGUACUAUGUAAUACACUUGUCUGCCAAUUGGUUCAUCUAUUCAUCCGUCCUUAAUAUAUAUUGCAUAUUACUCCGCUUAAGUAUAAGGGAAUGAUCAAAUAUUUGUCUGAACGAUUAUAAUGAUGAUUAUUAGAGUGGAGAUUAUUUUCAGAUCUGCCAGACAGGUACUUCCAGGUUGACUUAAACCUUUAUUUUUAUUGUAAGUAACUAGUUAGAUUUUUUAUGCCCCAUUUAUGGGUAUUAUGUUUUCUGGUCUGUUCGUCCUUUUGUUUGUCCUCUAUUCUGUCCCGCUUUUGGUUAAAGUUUUUGGUCGAGGUAGUUUUUGAUGAAGUUGAAGGCCAAUCAACUUUAAACUCAGCACACAUGUUCCCUUUGAUAUGAUCAGGGUUUCCCCUGGGUCAAUUAUUUCUUUCGCCACCUCUUUCGCCAAAACAAUAUUUUUUUCGCCACUUUAUUAUUUUUUUCGCCAAAUAACAUAACUACAUUUUUCGUUUAAAAUUUACCUUUUUUUCUACACCCC